AUGGGUCAGAAGAUCAAGAUUGGCAUCAAUGGAUUUGGAAGAAUUGGGCGUUUGGUCGCCAGGGUGGCAUUGCAGAGAGAUGACGUGGAGCUUGUUGCCAUUAAUGAUCCUUUCAUCACAACUGAUUACAUGACAUACAUGUUCAAGUAUGAUACUGUUCAUGGGCAAUGGAAAAACCGUGAGAUUAAGAUUAAGGACAGCAACACCCUUCUAUUUGGUGAAACUCCUGUGACUGUUUUUGGUAUGAGGAACCCAGAGGAGAUUCCAUGGGGUAAGGCUGGAGCUGAAUUUGUUGUGGAGUCUACUGGAGUCUUCACUGAUAAAGACAAAGCAGCUGCUCAUUUGAAGGGUGGUGCAAAGAAGGUUAUUAUUUCUGCCCCAAGCAAGGAUGCCCCAAUGUUUGUUGUUGGUGUCAAUGAGAAGGAAUACAAGUCUGAUAUUAAUAUUGUCUCCAAUGCUAGCUGCACAACCAACUGUCUUGCUCCACUUGCAAAGGUUAUCCAUGACAAAUUUGGUAUUGUUGAAGGCCUCAUGAGCACUGUUCACUCCAUGACUGCUACUCAAAAGACUGUUGAUGGACCAUCAAUGAAGGACUGGAGAGGAGGAAGAGCUGCUUCAGUGAACAUCAUUCCUAGUAGCACUGGGGCUGCUAAGGCUGUUGGUAAGGUGCUGCCAGCACUGAACAAUAAGUUGACAGGAAUGUCUUUCAGAGUUCCAACUGUAGAUGUUUCAGUGGUCGAUCUCACUGUUAGACUUGAGAAGGGAGCUAGCUAUGAUGAGAUUAAAGCUGCUAUCAAGGAAGCAUCUGAGGGAAGUUUGAAAGGAAUCCUUGGUUACACUGAGGAUGAUGUUGUGUCUACUGAUUUUGUGGGUGACAGCAGGUCAAGCAUUUUUGAUGCAAAGGCUGGAAUUUCGUUGAAUAACAAUUUUGUGAAACUUGUCUCUUGGUAUGACAAUGAAUGGGGCUACAGCACACGUGUGGUUGACUUGAUCCGACACAUGGCCUCAGUUUAA